GCGGCCGUGGCAACCAACGUGAUCGAAUGUGUGCAGAACGUGUUCAGCAAGAGGCUCCUGACCAAGGACUACACAGCCACACAGCUGCAGUUCUACACGUCGUUGACGGCGCUGGUUCUCCAGGAGGCCCGAUCUUCCUGCUCCUGAGGGAGAGCGGCCCUGGCACCGCCGUGCCCAGCAGCACGACGAUGAGCCUCGGCGGCGGCGGACUCUCAGGCAUUGACGUCAACGAGACCUACGAGUCCUUGACACCUGCGUUUGAGGGCGAGCUCUCUUCCAGCGGGCUAGGCAACGGAACCUUGCUCCUGCUGUGGAUCGACGGCGUGCUGUACCACGCGCAGUCGGUCGUGGCCUACGUGGUCAUGUCGUACCUGUCGCCUGUGACCGUGUCGGUGGUCAACACGCUGAAGCGCGCGCUGCUGAUCUGGAGAUCAGCGUGCUUGUGUUCGGCAACGAGGUCACAGCAAUGGGCGUGGUCGGCACCAUGA